GUUUCAGAAAAUGAUAGGAUUCCUCCAACUUGCCAUUAUUGGAACUGUGUUUUUGAGUGUUGUACAUAAAGCAGUUGCAACUGGAGCACAAGACGCCGGCUGUACUGAUGAAGAAUCACUUAGGACACGUUCUUGUGACCUAGUUCUGGCCGAUUUCCUCGAAAAUAGUGGCAACCUCUACAUGAAGGAUAAAAAGAGGCUAAAGGAAUACAAGGAUGAAUGCCAUAACGUACUCAGUUGUUACAACAAAAUCAAAUGUUUGGGAACAAAUGGGGAAAAAAUUCCAGCGAUUAAGAAUAUUGGAAAGCAUUGCAGAGCUACGGAUUACGUACACGAUGAUUUUGCCAAGUGUAGUGACAAAUUGAAUGCAAAGAAAUCAACAUGUUUCGAUGACUGGGACCCAAUUCCAAACAAAGUCACUACUGAAAAAGUCCCAAAAAAAUUUGACCAGUUGAUGAGUGAGUCUUGUAAAACAUGUUUUGGAAAAGACAACUGCAUGAUGAAGGAAAUUAAAGAAACAUGUGGCCAACAAGAAUGGGACGCCUUCCGAAAGCAUUUCAUAACUCUCUCUGGUGGAUUUUUCGACAAGUGUGACUUCAGCAGGCUGGAUUAAAUUUUAUGUGUUUUUUAAAUGAAUC